AUAUGUCCAAAUUCUCAGUGUCACAUAUUAUUUAGAUCAUUCGUGAAAUAAUAUGAAAAGGCAUGAAAGGAAGAAGGAUAUCGAUGAAAACGAACAAAAUGGCUCUCUCUCAUCCAUCUGGAAUGCCAUAGUUCCGAAAAUAAGCAUGGCCAGAAAUAUCGUGUUCUCUGCUAUAACUGACCUUAUAGAACGGCAAGAGUUCGAAGUACACGAGGAAAUAGAAAAUGGUUUGACGAGACUCCAUUGGAAAAAUACUGAAAAGUCUGUCUGGACAUUGAGUACUAUAGAGAGAAUAUCAGAUUCACCAAGCAACAUUUACAUAAAUCCCUCAGUCUUGAAAGAAAUAUUAGCAUUGGACAAAGAACUAUCAUCUGUCUUGAAUGACCUCAAUUUGACUCAUAAUGAGAGAAGUAGACAAUUUCUUCAGCGACUCGCCUCAUGCUCCAAAGGAAAAUUGUCUAUAGUUGCUUCAAAACAAGGUAAAGCACUCUGCAUUUGUUCAUCUGGCUCUAAAUCCAAAAGUACAACCAGUGAUGAAUCUACUGAAUCGUCGGAUGAAGAUAGCGAGUCGUCAUCUUCAAUAAGCCUAUACAGCACCGACAGUAUUGUUUCCCAAAAAUCUAAGAAUGAACCGAAUAACAAGAAGAAAAACCUUAUAAUAAGGUGCAACUACAGUUCUGGAAGUCAAACCACUCACAAGAAUGUACUACACGUUUUCAGACAAGAUCCAUCUUGCCAUAUACCCUUACCGUUAUGUCCCGAUCCUUGUUGUGAAAAUACACCAAAAACGAAAAAUAGAGGCCGGAGCGAUAAGAAAAGGGCGAAGGGAGCGAAGAGAUCAACAUCCAAAGAGUGCUCAAAAAACAGGAAGAAGGAGGAGAAGAAAGAAAAAGAAAGAUUGAAGAAAGAGAAGAAGGCGUGUGAAAAAGAAAAGAAACGAAGGGAGAAAGAAAUGAAAAAAGAGGAAAAGUUGAGAAAAGCCAGAGAAAAGAAGGAGCAGAAGGAAAUGUUGAAAGGGGCUAAAAGCAAAAAAUCCAGAACGAGAUCUAGAAGAUCCGACUCUUCGGAAUCAUCUGGGAAAAAAAAGAAGAAAACGAAGAAAACGAAGAGAAAAUCUAAAAAGGGCGAACCACAGUCCUCGUGUAGCAUGGAUAGCACCGAACCAGAAACAUCUCGACGUCCAUGUAUGGAAGAGGUUCAAGGUCCAUGUAGAGAACCUCGAUUAAGUCCAUGUGAGGAACCUAGAAGAGAACCUUGUAGAGAAGUCCGAAGUCCAUGUAAAGAAGUCCGAAGUCCAUGUAGAGAAGAAGCCCAGAGUCCUUGUAGAGAGGAAGUCCGUCGUCCAUGUAAAGUAGAACAACAGAAUAAAGUAUGUCCCAGAUUUUGGUCAACAUCUAAAGGUACCCAAGCUGCUAAUGAGAGAAGAAGAAGUACGCCUUGUCUAGAACCACAAACAUCCAUUCCUCGAACUUCCACUCAAAAUCCCACUCCUUGUACUUCCACUCCUCAAACCUCCACUUCUCCGUGUGGACGCUCUAGAUUCGCCAGAUUCCUGUCAAGCUUUGGCAGUGGUGGUUUGCAGCUGCGUUUCAUUCCUCCUGAGAAAAAGUUUAGAGGUACAAAGAGCUGUAUCAUCCCGAAACUGCGUAUACCACGGACAAUCACUGUGGAUUCUUCUUGCGGUCUUCCGAAAUUCAGAUUUUCAACUUCGAACGAUCCCUGUGAAUUACCUGCUCCUUGUCCGGCAUCGCCUUCAUAUAAUCCACCACCAUGUGCACCAACACCGUGUAUAUCACCACCAUGUGCACCAACACCGUGUACAUCACCACCAUGUACACCGAGGCCUUGUACACCAACACCAACAGCAACACCAUGUAGACCACCCCCAGCCAAAUCCACGCCUUGCGUUUCUCGAUCUCGCGACCGAGAAGCCAUCUGCUCCAAACCCUUAAAAUUGCCCCGUUGUGUGCGGGCACCAAGCUUUCCUAGGCUGAAACCUUGCGUGAUACCUUCGUGCAGAUUUAAGCCUCCUUGCAGACUGAAACCAUGCCCUCGCGACCCUUGCGAACCACGACCCUGCACACCUCCACCGCCUUUUCCAAGAUUCAGUGGUCCACGAUCACAUACUCCCCCUCCUUGCGGCUCGAGGACGAGUGGUCCUUUCUUUCCACCCAGAUCCAAACCUUGCUGUCCUAAACCAUCUGUUUCUUUUCAAUCUCAGCCCUGUGAUCCUACCCCCUGCCCACCGGUACCUUGCCAAUCUUCUCCAUGCACAUCACGGCCUUGCGAUCAGCUUGAUCCUUGCACACCACCUCCUUGCACACCCCCGCCUUGUACUCCACCUCCUUGUACACAAUACCCUUGCACACCUCCUCCUUGCACGCCACCUCCUCCUUGUCGAUCAAGGGCAUCCACUCCAAUACGGCGACUUUCGAAGUGCCGUCUUGCUUUAGCCGCGAACUUGAGAGCUUGUGGACAAACAAAAAGCCAUUCUAAGAUUUGCCGUUCACUGCCAUGUACUCCGCCAGUUUGCUCACCUUGUGCUUCAAGACCAUGCACACCGACAAGAUGUCCCUGUGAAUCAUGUUUCAACCAACCUUGUACUCCUCCUUGUAAUACCCAACCUUGUGGUUUGGCUCCAUGUAACCAUCAAGUUUGUAGUACAAAACCUUGCACACCUCCUUGUAGUCAACUUCCUUGUGGCACGGGAUCUUGUACUCUCCCUCCAUGUCAGACGCAUUCUUGUAUUGCUCCCUGUACUCACCAACCUUGUGGUUCAAGACCAUGUACACCCCCUCCUUGUAACCCUCAGCCCUGUGAAAUGCCCCCUUGUCCAUUGAAACCAUGUCUGUCCAAACCAAGAUUUUACGAUGAAUUUGGACGGGAAAUAAUAUGUCCUAGACCACCGUAUAGCUGCGAUUCACAGUGUAACAUGAGAAAGUGGACGUGUUGCACGAAAAGGUCUCGCCCAUCCAGAAUAUGCUCCCCACAACGCAGUUGUUCGAGGGUUACCAUUUGCGAACCAAACGAUUGCAGAAGAACAGUAUUUAGACCAAGAAACACUUCUAUCUGUACCCCUGCAUUUUAUCCAAAGCCCUGUUCUCCUAGACCAUGUGGGAGCGAUAUAAUUUGCCCCAAUUAUACUCCUCGAUGCUCGGAUACAAACAUUUGUUCUCGGAGAAGCCACAGCGCACCAAAAAAAUGUUAUCCGGAUCCUUGCCGAUGGAAACCGUGUAGAAGUAGAGAAUGCUUUCGUUCUCCUAGUUGUUCCGAUUCAGACGUCUGUUAUCCUAGAAGUUCUUGUGGAUCUAGGCGAUUUCCUCCAUCUCCCGUCUGCUCUAGAGAAGAUACAUGUUAUAUGAGGAGAAAGAGCCACAAACCUUGGUGGACUAAGAGGUACGAUCCAUGCAUGCCCAGGCCUUGUUCAAGAUCCCCAAGCCGUUAUUCAUUAGAUGGAUGCUCCGACGAAGGUCGCUGCUAUAAAAGGAGAAAAUGUUAUCGGAGAUAUUGGAGUCCAUAUUGUUCGGACGAUGAUUUUUGCUACCCAAGGCCAUGCAGUCAUCCUCCAAGGUGCCGAUAUUAUUCCUUCGAAAGUCCAUACAGCUCCAGGGAAAAUGUGUGCUAUACAACCAGGUAUCGAGUGCCGUGUCUGCCAAGGGAAUGUGUAUCCAUUCCUUGCACUGCUAUACCUUGCUCUCCGAAAUCUUAUCCACCUCCUCGAAAAUCGCUGUCCUGUACACCUCCAUCUUGCCCCCCCUCGUAUCGUCCCCCACCCAGCCAACUACCACCCUGUCCACCACCCAGCAUGCCUAGCCCACCAUAUCCACAACCAUGUCCACCUCCAUACCCGCCCCCAAUCCAACCUUGCCCACCUCCUCCUCCCCCUCCUUGUCCUCCUCCCCCGUGCCCUCCUCCUUGUUAUCCUCCCCCUUGCCCCCCAUAUCCCCCAUAUUCACCAACGCCUUGUUCGUCCAGAACUUCCGCAUCUUCAUGUGGGCCACGACCUUGUUCGGGGCAAUGGGGAUCUUUCUCGUGUGGACCGACGGCUUGUAAUCCCAACAUUAUACCCCCAUGCGCAUCCCCACCUCCUCCUAGACCAAGAUGCAUAAAGAAUCCUCCGUGUCUGAAAAAGAUGCCCAAGCCCUGCGGCGGAAAACCAUGCGGUAAACGUUGUCAAGCCGCCAAACAACAAAUAUGUCCACCGCCAAAUGGUAGUCCUACUCCUUCGUCUCCGCAGAGCCCUUUUGGAUCGCCGCAGCCAAGCCUUGGCAAUAUGGGUUAUCCCGGCUUCGCACCACAAAGUGCUUCGAGCUAUGGAUCAAAUUACUGGCAGUAUCCCUCUCCCAAUCCCAAUCCCAACCCCUCAUACCCGCCUUAUGGAUAUUGGCCGAAUAAUUAUUACCAAGGACAACCGUCUUGCUAUCCGAGUCAAACAUACAGCGGACCUGGCUUCGGACCGCUUUUCCCAAAGCUAUGCUUGUCCAAGAUGAAAUGCAGCAAGGUUUGCCACAUGUCUUGCGAGUCUGGUCUACCCAAAUUCAACCGUUCCAAGAGUUCCAGCGUGAGUUCGAUAACGACUUCUUCGUCGAACAGCAGCCUCUCGUCUUCGGAUAGCAGUUAUUCAUCCAGAAGUUCCAGCUCUUGCAGUUCAACCAGCAUACCCUCUCCGAACUAUUGCGUCGCUAGUUGUCGGAAUUCGAACGCUAAUUUUUUCAGACGUAGAGCAUCGUCACAUUCUUCCAUAUGUUCAUCGAGUGAUAGUUCCCCAAAACGCGCGAUAUGCAACAGGACAGAUAGGUGUCAUCCCGAGAGGCAGCCGUGUGGUUCCCCCUACCCUAGCAAUCCUCCCGCACCCAUAUUCAGGAGGAACUCCGAUAUUGACCAAAGGGAACCGAUUUGCUCUUCUCCUUGCCCUUAUAGAUACCCAGUGUAUCGAGCAAGAUCUCAAGUCUGCUCGUCGGCUACAGACCUCCAUUGCGAAUCGAGGCUGAGGUGCAAAGGUAUAGAUCAUUAUGACGAAAGAAUCAGAUUCGAACUGCAGAAAAUCGGGAUAGAUCAGCUGAUCCAAGCUAGCAAACCUGCGAAAUGUUGUAAACAGACGGUCCUCAAUCAACCAUCCAAAGAGGAAUUGCCGUAUUCGGCCAGCUUAGCCUCUUUACCGUUGGACAGAGCUGAUAUAAGAGUUAUCAGGCAGUCCGUUCGGAUGGCCACCAAAAAAACUGGAUGCAACUAUACCUCCCUAGAGAACCGGACCAAAUUAGUGUACUACGCCAAUCUAGUCUUGGACGAUUUCGAUGCCAAAAAACCAAAAGUUCAACCGGAAUACGAAGUACGAUAUUUUUACUUCACCUUAGACGACGCGGAAAGUGUUCAAGAAACCCUGAGGAAACGAUGCAAUAAAGGUAGUACCUUCAAAUUCUUCCAGAUAUUCAAUUGGCCGGAUAAAACGUUUCCCGAAUCGAACCAAGCUGCGGGUUCGCAGAAAGUCGAUUUGGCCACAAGUCUAGAUUUGAAAAAAAGCAUCAGUUGGCAGAAAACUGAGGAAAAAACUGCUAUGAUCUCCUCAGGGGGAAACAGCACAGACGCUCUGGAGAACAUUGUGUUUUCCGAUCUUUUUCUCGGUAGUCAAUCGGGUGUUGGAGAUUCGAAGCCCGGAAAUACAUUCGAGCAGAAUUACAUCAACGAGUUCAAUGCGAACAAAUCGAGAAAGAAGAAUCAUAAACUUAAUACGAAUUUCACAAUGACCGAAUCCUCUCUGGAGGACGAUUCAUUGUUAGGAAAUGCUUGUUGCCAGAAAAAAUUGAAGAUAAACUCUCUGGAUAGUCUCGGGAAACCUUCUGAAGCAGCACAAAGAAAAGAUGCUUCUUCUCAGACUGACAUCGAGAAAGCCCCAGAAAAAAAGACGUUUGCUGAUGCCGCCUCACAGACGAUCGCAAAAACUGGGGAGUCAAGUUUCAAUAACAUCACUUUCUCUGAGGAAAUAAUGAGAUUAUUAUCGAGUUCAGACGGUGACAGUGUCGAGUAUCUGAAGAAAAAUACGAACUGCCUCGUGUUUACAAGUGACGCAACUGUAGAAUCUGACAGUCUAGAGACUCAUCUGAAAUCCGAAGCAAAACCGGACGUGUCCGAUCAAAAUCACACUCCAAACGAUGAGGAAUUUCGAAAUGCUAAUGAGAAUUUCGACGAAGCUAUAAGAGAAGUUCUGGGAGAAAUAAAGGAACUAGCUACAAUGGCCGAAUCCUUCAAGUGUAGAAAAGUUUGCUCUAAGGAAUCACCGAUCAGAUCAAAAAAUUACGUGGCGCAUAGGACGAUCUGUAGAACAUAUUCCUCCAAACCACCAUUUGACGAUUACCAAUCUCCUUCGAUGGACAAAACGAGUGAAUGUCACGAAGUUGCCAGGAAAAGUUCUCCCCCUGAAAAUCUAGCAUUGUCGCGAAGUAAUAUUUCGAAAGGGCAGUUUAUAGUUCGCAUGUAUAAUUCAAUCAAUGAUAUCAUCAGCGAUAUAUACGGGGAGGCUGAAAAGUUAGCUACACUUAGAAAGAAUCGACUUGCAAUAUCCGGUAAUGACGAAAGGAUAUUCAAGGGAAAUUUUCGAGAAAUGUAUUGCAGAAAAGUGGUUGGGAAUCUUGAUGUUGAGAACAAAACUGUGAUUAAUAGUCCUAACGAGCCCCCAGAAAUGAAAAAGCCUCAGAAUUCAACCGAAAAUUUGAAAACGGUUUAUACUUCAGCCGGAAAAAUAGUAACGCGAUUCUAUAACGCCAAAGGAAAAUCAAUAACAGCAAUUUACAGUCCUGAAGGUGAAGCAAUUGCUGAAACAUCUUCCCCCAGGAAACUCGCCAGAGUGUUGUUUGACAGUUCAGGUAAUUUCAUUCCUCAAUUCUGUGAUUCGCAGGGAAACGUUCUUAAGUCUGUGUUCGAUUCCCAGAGGAAACUUCUCAAGAAAACCUUCAAUUCCGAGAUGUUGCUGUUGAAGUUUCCCACUGAAACCAAGAAGAAAAAGAGCAAACGUAUAUUCAAUGCUCAAGGAUUGCCCAUUUAUCAGUUCUAUUCAGAGGAGGGGAAUCUUUUGACCAGUAUAUACGAUUUUGAGGGACGUCUGAUACGUGGCACGUUCUUGGGUAGUAUAACGCAGCUAUUUCCGAGAAUCUUCGAUAAACAUGGCAGGUUUAUUCUUGGACGGUACAACGGACAUGGUCAGCUGAUCAAACGGAUUUUCGAUGCUCACGGCAACAACGUACAACAGCUGUAUAAAGCUGAUAGAACGGUUUUACAAAAGGCUCCAAUAAGAUUGAAAAUAUUGAAUCAGAAAGGGGAACCGGUUAGAAAGUUUUUCAGGAAGAACAAGAUGCCGUUAACACACGUGUACGAUGUGCUGGGAAACCUUUUAUGCCAAGCUAGUGACGGUAACUCGGUAGAUUUAUUCUGUCGUCUCUUUGACCUAGACGGUUUCUUCAUUUUGGGAAGACUGGAUCAACUGAGGCACCUUAUAGAAGGGGUGUACGACGAAGAUGGCAACAAGGUGAUGCAGGUGCAGGUGCUGGAUAGCGAAACAGGUGACAUGAUCAAGAUGACCAAAUUGUACAAUUUCAAAGGUAAACUUUUGGCUAACUUUUACGAUGAGAGCGGGGUAUGUUUGAAGAGUAUCCACGAUGUGAAAGGGGAGUCACUUGAAUGCUCACCAUCAGGCAGGGCCAUCAGAUUGGCCGGUAGAAUGUUCGAUAUGGCAGGGUACUUCAUACACGGUAGAUACGACUCUCAGAAAAACCCGAUCAAUGAAAUUUACGACCACGAUGGUUAUAAGAUCUUACAAGUGUACGACGUAAGCGGUCAACCGGUGAGAAGAAUACCGCAGUCUAUGGAAAUAUACAGUCCUAAAGGUAGAAAAAUCAAGCAUUUCUAUAAAUCCGACCAUAAAAUCUUAACCAGCAUUUACGACACCAACGGAGACAUGGUUGGCGGCGUAUUGUCGAUUGACGCCGAAGAACUCGCACCAUUUCUAUACGACAUCGAGGGUAAGUUCAUAAACAGCAGAUACGACUCGCAAAUGAACCUAAUCAAACACGUGUACGAUUCGAAUGACAAUCUCUUGAACAGGGUUUAUACGAGGGGAAGUUUGUGUUUAAAAUUGUCCAAACCUUCGAGGGACAAACAUAGGCCGGUGAAAACGGCGUAUAUCAAGUUGGAAUGCAAGGAUAAAACUGUCGUUAAACAGACGGAUACUAGGACAACACUUAACAAUCACUGCCAAACUCUACCGAAAGCCAUAAUGCCUCCCCUAGCUAUGGCGAAAAUACCCAACAACAAAUUUUCGAAAUUCGAUGUGUUGCCUUCAAGAAAAAGGAAGAGGGAUGAGGGGUGGUUUGUGGAAGGUAAAAAACUCGUAUCGAUUAAAUGUCAGUGUAGGCUGAGGGCUUUCAAGGAGAACGAGAAGCGGGUUCCUAAUGCCCCAGCUGCAAAAAGUAACUAUCAGAAGCUGAGCAGUCCUAUCACCAAACGGCUUUCGAGUCAUCACUUGGCGAAACGGAAGAAAAUGGAUAAGGUGAAUACCAAGAAAGGUCCGAAAAAAUCAGAAAAAGUGAAUAAGAACAGAGCAGAUACCCAUCAUGAUCAUCACAAAACCACAAGUCUUCAGAGCCCACAAGUUAAGGAAACUAAAAUACUUACAACUGUUAUGCCUUGCUAUGAGACUACUAGAAAUUCUGUUCAGAGGAAUAAUGAUAGCCUAGAGGCCCUACUGGAUGAUUAUUUGAAACGAGAACAAAAAAAGGAUAAUCGUCGCCCUGCUAGAAAAAACUCGAUAAAUCACGAGAUGAUCGAAGACGCAUUAUUGGAUUGCCUGAAUCUGACGAGAAAUCCAAAUUCCCUGAAACAAAUGUCUCAUACGAUCUUGCAAUAUUUCACCCACGUCGUUUUCAACCAAAUCAAAAACAACUAUUAUAAGCAGUUAUCGAGAAAGCGAAAAUCCAAUUGCGGGAAGAGACAGGAUUCUACAAUUCUAUUUUUCAACAGGAAAUGCGCAUGCGUUUAUGCGCUCUGUAAUACUCGCAAGAAAAAGACAAAAGACACCAAAACUGAUCGCAUUUCCUCGAAUAACACGAAACAAAUUGCACCGAAAAUAACAUCACAGCCACCGAAACUAGAUGUACCUACAAACCAGAAAACCGAAGGAAGCAACGAUGCAAAAAUUAUCCCAGACCCUCCUCAGCAAACAAAAAUUUUGGAAAACAUACCGAAGGACGCGUUCUUAUGCAACAUCCCAAACGCUCCACCAUUUAUUCUGAAGAUGAACAAGGCACAUUCGGAUACAACUGCGAGCAUUAGUGAUGAAGAGGUGAAAAAUUCCGACAGAUAUAGCUCUUCCCUUAGUUGGACCUCAACGGACGAAUCUUUCGAUACAGAAGAGGUCUCCUCCUUUUCGUCAACGGUGGAAAAAAACUGCUCGAGCUACACGGAAAUUCCAGACCUCAACAUGUUCGUCGACGGCCGUUGUCCGGGCUUCGAAGAUGAAGAAUUCAAGAAGUUCUUCACGAAGUCGAUCACUUGGAUCAAGACCGAGGAGGAUAAACGGUGGCGGAGGCAAAGUGCAACUUUCAUGAGUACACCGACAAUUUGUAUGACGGGCCUAACGGGCAUAUCUAACAAUCCAUUCGGAUCGGACGAAAUCGAUUCUAGAAGACCUGGAAAAAACAGUGGAUCUUUCCCAAACUCAGAUGUUAGCAGCUACCAUCAGCACUCGAAAAUCCCUAGGAUGCUGCAUCCGGGCAAGUGCAAAGUGCACGCCAUGAUGAAAAACGUGCAACUUUCGCCAGGCUCUAAGGGAUGCUCCGCGAACAAGACAAAUACCUGUGGUGCUGCUUGUUCUUCAGAGAGGACGGACGUUCAAAUCAGCCCUUACGUGAAAGUCAGUGUAAGUACCACUUGUCCCAGUUUGACCAAUGCCAGUGCUGCUGGAGGAGCAAAGGGCGGGGGUAAGAACAAGAACGCCAACAUACAAGCCUCACAGUCCUCCAUGGGAGAUUGCAUGAAGGGCAUCAAGUCCGAUCCUGGUUGCUACUGUGGAAACGAACCAGUGGAACCAACACCUUGUCCGAUUCGGUUGAGAGAAGAUUGCGAGUGUGUUGAUGAAGAAACGGACGCGCUGGUAGAGCCAGAAGAAGAAGAUCCAUUGUGUUAUUGUCCACCUGGGGAACAACCACUACUGAUGAAGAAAUCUAACGUAGAGUGCGACUGCGCCAAUAGAAGGAGGUGCGAGGACGAGAUACUUGUGGAACCUCCUAAAGAGAAGCCUGACGUGUUUUGGGCUCUAACCAAGGUUAGUUUACUGAAAGACGGUACCAAGAAUUUCGAAAUUAUCGAUGUUUCACCUGUACCUCCUGGUUAUUACCUCAUGCCUGACGUUAACAAUCUCGUCUUGGUGGGUCCUCAACCUAAACCUGCCAAGGCUGCCCCUAGUAAAAAUUGUUGUUGUAAAUAGAAGACUACAUGUGAUAUAUAUAUUAAAAACAAAUAAAUCUAAGUAAUAUCAUUGAAUCA